AUGAAAUAUUUCGACAUUAUUUGGCUUUUAAAUGUAAAGAAAAAAGAAAAAAACUUCGACACUGUUAAGUUGGCAAUAGGAAAAGGGUUGGUAACAGUUGCAGCUCAUAGCAGUUCAAUAUUUGUUGGCAUGACGCAAGGUUAUUCCGCUGUUUUAUUACCACAACUAUCGAGACCCAACAGUUCUUUACCGGUAACGGAAGAGGAAGCCUCAUGGAUCGCUAGUUUGGGUGUUAUAUCAACGCCGUUCGGUGCUCUCCUUUCGGGAUUUCUCAUGGACGUACUUGGUAGGAAAUCUACGAUAAUUGUCGUGAGCGUUCCUUUUCUCAUAGGAUGGUUGACGAUCGCUUUGGCGACAAAAGUAUCACUUCUUUACGCCGGACGAACAGUGAGUGCUUUGGCUUCGGGUAUGACGGCUGUCAAUUAUUUAUACGUGUCAGAAGUAUCGAGAAAAGAACAUCGAAGCGUUUUAUCCGCGUUCGGUCCGGCUUUGACAUCACUCGGAGUACUCAUAGUAUACACCAUGGGUUUUUUUCUGUCGUGGGAAAAGACUGCAUUGAUCUCAUCCGCUUUUUCCGCUUUGACCGUUAUGGCAAUGUUGAUGGCUCCGGAAAGUCCGGCGUGGCACGUGUCUAAAAACGAAUACAACGACGCUUACAAAUCCCUCGUUUGGUUGAGAAAAGAUUCAAAAGUGGCAGAAGUCGAAUUAAAGGGAUUGAUGAGUAGUAAAACGGAAACGGAAAACGUCGUCGACAAAUCCGGGGAAGAUAAUAUAAAUAGAAUGAAGAUCUCAUUGGAAAAAUUAAAAGACUUUAUAAAUUUUGCAAAAUCUCCGACCGUUUACAAGCCAUUUUUCAUAUUAUUGUUCUUUUUCGCAUUUCAAAUCGGAAGCGGAAUUUACGUCAUAUUGUUUUACGCGACGCAAAUAUUUCAAGAAUUCGGUACGAAAUACGACGAACAUCUCAUAACGGUCACAAUCGGUCUUUUCAGAUUCGUUAUGGCCAUAGUCGGAGCAUUGCUCAUGUCGAAAAUCGGUAGGAGACCGUUGGGAAUGUUUUCCGGAACGUGCAUGAGUUUGGCUUUGAUAGUUUUAUGCGGUUACGAAUUUAUGGAAAAUUCAAUGUCGUCGACAUAUCAAUUCCUACCCCUGAUCUCGAUAUUGUUCCACGUCGGUUUCAGCAUGACCGGAUUUCUACAACUACCCUGGAUACUCACGAGCGAAUUGUUUCCGUUAAAAUACCGCGGACUACUCAGCGGCAUCGUAUCCGCAUUCGCAUAUUUUUUCAUAUUCAUAUCCGUUAAAAUCUAUUCGGAUUUGAUGCGAAUACUCAAAUUGGAAGGAUUGCUGUGGGGAUUUUUCGUUAUGUCGUCUCUCGGUACGUUAUUCAUAUAUUUUUUCCUACCGGAAACGAAAGAUAAAUCACUCAAGGACAUAUCAAAAAGUUUUCAAUUAAAAAAAUUACCAUCGAACGGGAGUUUUAAAAAAUUUAUCGUUAACACGAUGGGAAUACCGAAAAUUUCCGUGAUCGGAAAUCAAUCGGAAAAAUGA